CACGAUGCCAGAAAUAUGUAGCAGUUUCAUUUCGUACAACACAAGAAGAAUCAGUAAUGGCCCCUGUCACUACGAUACCAAUAUUUGCCGUAAUUGUGCUUAUCCUGAUAAGCGUGGUUCAGGAGAACGAGGCAGACGAGGGCGGCUGUCCCAGCGACUGCGUCUGUUUCACCGAGUAUCUGUCCAAUCUCCAAUCGUGGAAGUGGAUCGAGACGGAUGUCAACGUUCAAAAGGAUGAUCCCUUCCACGAGGACUUUAACCCCUACACUGAACAUAACGAAGUUUACGAUAAUCCUGCAGCCGUGCGGAGACGUCAAAAGGAGAAAAUCCUCUCCACUGCAACAUGCAUGUUGCGAACUAACUCGUCCUCCGCUCUCGCCGUGACUUUAGCUCGACUUGGUUCCUCAUUACAAAUCCUCUCCCUACUCCAAGCCCCUGGCUCAGGUCAAAUUUCAUUAGAAAAAACUCACCUCUCACAAAUGCAAGACUUGAUCGGGCUAGAAAUUCAAGGCUACUCCAUCUCCAGUGCCCCCUCCUCCCUCUCAAUUGCCCCCGACGCCUUCUCCAACCUUGGCAAGUUGACCUAUCUCAGCCUCGAGCGAGUCACCCUGCUCCAGGGUGACGCCGCCUCCUCGUCCACGACCAAAUACAACUUCACCUACGGGUCCGAAUACGUUGAUGACGAGCAGAUCAUCAUCGUCAAGUCAAAACCCGACUCAAGCUCGGACACCAUCGUUCCGUACAGUGUGUACCGUGAAGAACAGCAACAGCAAAGCAAAACACCUCCACACCCGGUCGACCCCAAAAUAACGGUCGCCUUCACAAACCUCGCCUCCCUGCAACACCUCCGCAUUUCCAGCUCCCCUCUGCAAGACAUCAGUUGGGACAUGUUUCACAAACUUGACUCCCUCGGAUUUCUCCUCCUCGACGACAAUGAUCUCCUCUUCCUCCCUGAUUUCGUCUUCUACUCAACCCCAAACCUUGGAGCGCUGUCUUUGUCGCGAAAUCGUAUCCUAAACUUGCAAACUGUUGGGCUCGCAGGGUUGUUGACGCUUCAAAAGUUGGACGUUUCCUAUAACAAUAUCACCUACUUGUCGGAACUCUCGCUACCACCGUUUCCGCAUUUGGAAGUUGCAGAUUUUCGUCAUAACCCGAUAACGUCUAUAUUUCCGAAUACUUUUGAAAUCAUGAACUCUACAAAGACUUUGUUCCUGGGGAGUGAGUCGACUCAACUGGAAAUUAGUACGAAUUCCUUCUUCGGUCUCGUCGCUCUCACCCGGUUGGAUAUUUUGAACGUCCAUGUCGAAUUUUUGGAGAGACCGAUGUUGAAAGGGAUGCCCAACCUGAAGUCGCUCACCGCCACGGGAACAAUAACUCGCAUCAUGUAUGACGCGUUCAGUGAGGUGGCCAAGUUGGAAAAGCUUAUUCUUAAAGACUGUGCGAUUAAGAAGAUUUCGAUGGACGCGUUUUUUGGGUUGACAGCCCUCGUGGAGUUGGAUUUGUCCCAUAAUGAGAUUGGCUUCCUCCCUCCGGGCAUCUUCGAACAGCAAGUUUCUCUCAGGGAGGUUUUUCUUCAGCACAAUUCCCUCAAAACGUUGCCACCAUCAAUAUUUGCAAAAAUUCCGGCAAAACUGAUCCGCCUCGAGGGCAAUCCGUGGCACUGUUCUUGUGACAUGAAAUAUUGGGACCCCAGCCAAACCAACAAGAUUAAGCGGUAUCAUGUCCCUCCGCCCAAUGGAACGUUCUGUGACCCACAAUUCUUCAAGGCAGCGGCCUGUUAUGCCAACUAUGAGCCAAAGUUUGAGGCGAAAUAUGUCUACGAGAAGAGAGUCUCUCCCGUGUGCCAGGCUCCAUCAGAUUUCAAGGGGAAAAGCGUCUUUGAAGUGCUUAAGAAGGGGUUGCACAAUGUUUGUACCAAUUCUCUCCAGCAAAAUAUUUCCAUCCUGUUGACAUCCAGUAACCCGACAGAAACGUUAGAAAUUAUGGGCACUGUUCGAAUUCCGACUGAAAAGGAGAUUGAGAAGAAGUUAUUGUUUCCGGAGAAAGUGAGAAAGCCGAGACCAACGAGUGCAGCAAUCUUGGAGAAAGUCAAUAUGUCAACUGAUCCGUAUUUCUCGUCGUCGUCAGGCAAUGGCAUGACCUCGAUCUCUUCGACGACACAUCACCUCAUCAUCCCACCAACCAUCUCUAUCCCAAUGGUUCUCAACUCCCCAUCACCACCACCAUUGUCACCACAGGAAGAAGAAGAAACAAACAAACGACGAAAACCGAACCGUAAAAAUGGUCGAAAUCGACCCCCUCCAAAUAUUGAGGAGCACGACAUGGAAGUUGAGGAUAACCGGAUCAAUGUGCUGUGGUCACCACAAGCAAAUGGGGCCGACGUUCGUCCCCGCACGAUAUAUCCCAUCUCUAAGAAAGCUCUGCAAUACAUGAAGGUUCAGCAAAAGAGACAGCAGCAGCAGCAGCGACAACAGCAGGGCUAGUUUUUUUUAGUUUAUACAAAAUACCACAUUUUAAGAUAACAUACGAAGUACAUAAAUACCUCUUAAAAGUGUGGCACACGUCCCCUUAUACAAACUCUGCACCCCGCCCUGUUUCACUAGUUGUUUUGCACAGUCGACGGGACCAUUGUACUUCACCUCGGCUCCUUUCCCUUGCUGGAUCUGUAAUUGAAUUCAGUCUACAAUUAGAUUUUCUUACCUAAUUAAACUUAAUGAAUGGCAUAAUAAAUAAAUUAAUUACUUAAUAGCUACAAAUAUUA